GUUCACCGGUAUCUACACCUUUGAGUCCAUGAUAAAGAUAUUUGCGAGAGGAUUCUGUGUCGGGCCGUUCACCUUCCUGAGAGACCCAUGGAACUGGCUAGAUUUUAGUGUAAUCUCUAUGGCAUAUCUCACGGAGUUUGUGGAUCUGGGAAAUGUGUCUGCGUUGAGAACAUUCAGGGUCCUCCGAGCGCUGAAAACCAUCUCUGUCAUUCCAGGCCUGAAGACCAUCGUUGGUGCUCUGAUCCAGUCAGUGAAGAAGCUUGCGGACGUGAUGGUCCUGACUGUGUUCUGCCUGAGCGUGUUCGCCCUCAUCGGCCUGCAGCUCUUCAUGGGCAUCCUGCGGCAGAAGUGCGUCCGUAGCGCGGCACACUGCGUCAACUCGUCAUACAACGUCAACGACACCUUCACCUGCAACAACAGGACCUGGAGCUCCAUGAACGACUUUGUCACCAAUGAAGAUAAUUUCUACAAAGUUGAAGGAGCAAAGGAUGCCUUAAUUUGUGGAUAUGGACAAGAUGCAGGGAAGUGUCCUGAGGGAUUUGACUGUCUGAGAAUAGGAAGGAACCCUAACUAUGGUUAUACCAGCUUCGACAGCUUUGGCUGGGCUUUCCUGGCGCUCUUCCGGCUGAUGACCCAGGACUACUGGGAGAACCUCUAUCAUCAGACUCUGCGUUCAGCAGGGAAAACCUACAUGGUCUUCUUUGUGCUGGUCAUCUUUCUGGGUUCCUUCUACCUGGUCAACCUGAUCCUGGCUGUGGUGGCCAUGGCCUACGAGGAACAGAACCAGGCCACCAUCCAGGAGGCCUGGAUGAAGGAGAGGGAGUUCCAGCUGGCCAUGGAACAUGUACGCAGAGAACAGAGGAAUAUGUGUUAA